AAGUUGAUGAAAACAUGGCUUAGUGAUGAGGACUACUGCUCCUAUGACGAUUCCGUCGAUUUAUACCUACAAAGGAUAUCAAUUAUAGGAUGUGAUAGUUUGAGACAUGCAUUUUCAGCUUUUGUUGCUAGACAUCUUGUGCACAUCAAAUAUUUAUUCAUAAAAGAUUGUCUUGGAAUGAAAGUGAUAGUGUCAAAGGCCAAGGAAGAAGGAGAGAUGGAUGAUGGUACGAUUAAGUUCAAUGAAUUAAAAGAAUUGGAGCUUGAAGAUUUGCCAAGUCUCAGAAGUUUUUAUGAGUUCAAGUCUGAAGUACCACAUUUAUUUAAUUACCAGGAUGCUUGUCCCAACAUUAAAACUCUCACUUUGAAAGACUUCAAAAGCACAAGAGAGAUACAACUCUGGGAUCUGACUAUCGCACAAGAACAUUUGCAAAAUGUGCGCUUAAUUGGAUGGCAAGUCUCAACUAAGGUUUUAUCUCAUCAUGUGAAGAAAAGCUUUAGAACGAUAUGUUUACAAAAUUGUGGGGGGUUCAAACAUGUUAUUGACCUUGACAACGCAAUAAAUGUUGGUGAAGAGCAAUUUAUUGAUGUGGAAAGGCUAAUGCUCUAUGAUUUACCUGAGUUGGUGUCUCUUAGGAGCAAGAAUCUUCAUGAAAUUGAGGGCUUUCGAAGCUUAAAGUACAUAGAUAUCAAAAAUUGUCCCCAAAUGAAAAGUCUGCUUACACAUUCCAUGGCUACGACUCUUCAACACCUAAAAAAGCUAGUAGUUGAAUCUUGUGAAAUGAUAGAAGAGAUUAUUAUUAUCGAAGAGAAUAAUAUUAAUGUUGUAGGGGAAGAAAAGACAACUUGGCAGAUUGAAUUUUCAAAAUUAGAAUAUUUGGUUUUAAUUAACCUACCAAACCUCAAAAACUUUUGCAAUGAUAACAGAGGUUCUUUUAGAUUUUUAUCAUUGUGCGAAGUUAGGGUGAAGAAUUGCCCAAAAAUGAAGACUUUUGUUUCUGGACAAAUUUGCUUCCUGCCGAGGAUGAUGCGAGCCGUUGUAGGAGCUAAAGAGUUUGAAAUCACAGAUCUUAAUGCAUAUUUUGAGGCCAGGAAGGAUGAGGGUAGCAACCACAUGAUGAAAAUCAUACAGUGGGCAGAUGACUUCGACCGGAAUAAAUUACAUAAGAGACAAUAUUUCGGUGAUUUUGAGGACAGGCAGCCACACAUAUAUUGGUGAUAAACUCUUAUCUGAAAAGAAACUUUUUUUUUUUUUUUCUUCUCAGUUUUCUAAUUAAAUAUAAUAUUAAAUUUGCUUAGUUAAUUUGUUAUCAACUCUUUGUUUGGUGUGGUACAAUUUAAA